UUGUUUUUAAUUAUAUGUCGAACCGAUCUACAAGUUAAUAUCCCUUCAGUAUUGUAUAUACAAAAAUGCCAAAUCACAUUGUUGACCUAGCCGUCAUUCCAAAGUGUCGAAGCACAGCUGCGGUUCAAAUAGCAGAACAAUUCUCUAGUAUCCUUAAAGAGGUCCAAGAAAAAUUGAUAGACAACAACAAAAAGUACAAGGUAGACCAAGAUAAGCAUACCUGGAGAGCUAGUCAUGUUGAGAUACCGCAAGGACCGAUUCCCUUCAGGACCUUGCCCGAAACUCAACCCAAAGAAACUUGGCCCCUUUCCCAUAUUGCGUAAAAUUAAUGAUAAUGCUUAUGUCAUUGAUUUACCAAAAUACAUUACAACAUCUUCCACCUUUAAUGUUGCCGAUAUGUACCCCUACCAUCCACCAAACGGUGCAGAUGCCACAACCAUCUCAUCAGAGAUGAGCUCUUCUGAAGCAGAGGAGACCUGAGACCUGAUGUGGACUACAUGCUACCUACGAACUACUCACCAUGUGCCACGUUAUGCUGCCACUAUUAACCGUUUAUUAUUCUAUUUCUUAUGCUAUACGUACUACCUUUUAUCAUUUCCAAAAAUUAUUAGUUAUAGUAUUUUCUGUUAUUCCAAAAAGAAAGAUAGAAGAAAGUAUCAAUUCCUUUUUACUGUGCAAAUUCCUGUUCCACUGCUUUGUAGUUCUGCCUUCAGGUCAGCGGCGGUAAACGAGCUGGCUCGAUCAGCUUAAAUAAACAAACUCGAGCAGAAUUUAUCUAAAAGAGCCGAGAUCGAACGAGAUCCUGACAGAUGAGCUUGAGCUCGAAGAUGCUCAAAUUCUUGGAUAUGCUUGGUUCGUUUGCAGCCAUGGCCUCGCAGUCUUUUUCGGAUUUUUCCUUAAUAUGGACUUUCUCGGCUAGAGCUAGACUUUCUCACCAUUUGGCAAUCAUUCGUCUUCGUCGCGACUCACAACAGGGCUUGGCCCCCUCACCCACUUCCCGUCUCUCCCAGAUCUCUGAAUUCGUCGCCUGCCCUGGCGAUGAUGGGACCGGGGCCCCAACCAUCCUUCGCUUCCCCACCGCUUACGGAAGCCAUGGAAUCCCUUCCUCUUUCUCCAUCAUCAUCUUCCAACAACUCAUCAUCCCCCUCCUCGUCGUCCAUACACCGCAGCGCCGUCAUCGUUGAUUCCUGCUCUGACGCCAAGGCCUUCUUUCACCUCCUCGAGCCUCAAAUUGGUCAAAAUCUCCCCUCCAGAUCCGGUCGCGCCUCCAACUUCGAGAUCACAGUCUCCGAUCCUCAGAAGGAGAACGCUGCAGCCAACUCGCCUGUCCCUGGCGGCGGCUCCUUUAUUUCCUACUUGAUUACGACUCGCACUUGCUCCGGUGGCCCCGGAUUCAGCGUCCGCCGCCGCUUCCGCGAUGUGGUUACCCUAGCAGAUCACAUCGCAGAAUCCCACCGCGGUUUCUUCAUUCCGCUCCGCCCCGAAAAGAGCGUGGUCGAGAGUCGUGUAAUGCAUAAACACGAGUUCGUCGAGCACCGCCGGGCGGCUCUGGAGAAGUACCUGCAACGGCUUGCAGCGCAUCCAGUGAUUGGGCGAAGUGAGGAGCUUAGAGUUUUCCUCCUGGAGCCGGGAAACCUGCCGCUAGCUUUGACGACGGAUAUGGCGUCAAGGAUAUUGGACGGCGCUCUGCGGCUUCCAAAACAGUUGUUUGGCGAUGGAUCGAAUGGGUGGGUGGCCCCGCAAGAAUCGGUGCUACCAGCUAGGGGAGGAAGGUAUCUAGCGAGGAUGUUUAAGGAAUUGAGGCAAUCGGUUAGGAACGAUUUGGUUGGGGCGAAACCAUUGGUGGUGGAGGAGGAUAAAGCGUUUCUGGAGUGGAAGGGGAAGAUACAAGACUUUGCACUGCAGCUCAAUGCUUCAUCGGAUAAGGCUGAAGCAUUGGUAAAAGCACAACAAGAUAUUGCAGAAACAAUGGGAGAGUUGGGUUUGUCAUUCGUCAAACUAGUAAAGCUGGAAAACAAUGAGAUCAUUGAUAUGCCAGAGAGAUCAUGGGCUGUUGAUGCCAAAGUCGUAGCAACUGCAGCUGUUAAAGCAAGCAGGUUUUACCGUGAACUAAAUGCUCAAACAAUCAGACAUCUGCAGGAGACUCUGCAGGAGUACACAGGGCUAAUGCUGAGCAUUAGGAAUGCAUUCUCGGAGCGUUCCGGUGCCUUAUUGACUGUGCAAACACUUAUAUCAGAUCUUGCUUCCUGGCAUGCUAGGGCUGAAAAGCUUGAAGCUGCUUCUGCUAGGUUUUUUUCCGGUUAUGAUUCUAGAAUCCAGAGAUUAGAGGAAAUAAGAAGGACGAUGAGAAUCACAGAAGAUGCUAAAAGUUGUGCAACUAGAGAGUAUGAAAAGAUAAAGGAGAACAACAGAUACGAUCUUGAGAGAUUUGAUAAAGAUAGGCAUGAUGAUUUUCUGAACAUGCUAAGAGGAUUGGCAAUGAAUCAGGUAGAAUACUUCCAGAAGAUUGCGGAUGUAUGGGAAAGAGUUGCAAGUGAAACAAGCCAUUAUACAAAAGAUAAUUGCUAGGCAAAGGACCCUGGAAAUCGUAAUAAGGCAUCCCUUGCAAUCUCCUUGUUGAACUAUUGUGGAUUGCAUGGCUCAGCUCUCCUGAUUGGUACGUUCUCCUCUAAUUUUUUAUCAGUUUUUAGAUAAAAAGAGCUUCAUCGUUUUGUAUUGAAUGAUCCAUUGGUGAAUUUUUUCCUAUAGAGAAGGACAUAGGAGUAGCAUUAUGGAGUCUAAUUUGUUAAAUAAAGGGAUUUGGCUGACAAAAUAAUUAGAAAAUGAUCUGUAAGUAGUAACUAAAAACAAACUUAGGAGUUGUUGAAAUAUGUAACCUUAAGGUGGUGCACAGUGAGUCAUUCAUUUCUUCUAAAAGUAGUCGAUCAUUUGGCCAUCUUUAGGAGUUUCUGACAUUAUUAGCUCAUCCUUCUCUAUUAAAUAGGCUGCAGCUAAAUGAUAUAGUAAAAAAAAAACUAUUGUUUCAAUGCUAAUACCAACUAUUCCUGCAUGUAAAAAAACUGGAAUCUUCAUAGGCAAUUUUUAUUUUCAUUUUAA